AUGGCACAACAAGUGAAUAAUUCAAAGUCAACUACAAACAAAAAUUUAUUUGAACAAAUCAAAUGCGAUAUUAUUGAAAGAUAUGAUGAUAUUUUUGAUAUCAUUGAUGAAAAUUUCGAUGCACUUGAAUAUACAACGGAAGAAUUAAAUCGAUAUUUUCAAUCUGGUCAUUUAAAUUAUAUAAUACAUGAAGAAGAAAUCAUUGACAAUGGUUGUUUUAAGGAUGAAAAUCAAGCUCCAUCCCAACACAAGAAUCAUCAACAACAACGAGAACGAAUUGAAAAUGAAGAAUUGAUUCUCUCACAAAAAUUAAGUCAAUUGUCAAUGGAAAAUGAAUAUGAAACAAUAUCGUCGAAUAGUAAUAAAAGACGACAUACACUAAAUACUGCAUCAAGUCCGAUUGUUACUAAAAAGAAAAUGAAAAUAUCGAACGAUUCUGAUGUUGAUGAGAAGAAUGAUGAUGAUGAUGAUGAUGAUGAUGAUGAUGAUGAUGAUGAUAUAGAACAAGAACAUAUACCCCUAUAUUUGUCAACAACAAAUCAAUUAUUUAUUCGGCUAACCGAAAGUAUAAUUAAAUCUCUGAGUACAUUGAAUAUAAAUGAUAUACAACAAAUUGCUUUAAUAAUGCAUCGUAUUGCUGAGAUGGAAAUAAAAAGACUUAUUACAAAAGUUUAUUUCAAAUCAGUAACAGGCACAUUAAAAGAACCCGAAUGUACUUUAACCAAUAUCGAUUGUCGAGUAUGGCCUCUGCAAGUCAAGUCACUGAUGUUAACACAUCAAAAAUCCAUUGCUACAACUACAGAAACAGAAAAUGAAAAUGAACAAGUUCUAUGUGAAAAUCUUCUUCAACAAGAAAUCAAAGAUAUGCGUCAACAAAUUGAACUAUAUCAAAACGAAUUAGUUGAAAAGAAGAAUUCUUUGAUUGAAUUUACGCCUUCAAUUGAACAACAUAUUUACAAUUAUGUUCAACAAUAUGGAAUUAAACCAAUGAAAAUGAAACGAGAUUUUAAAAUAGCAUUAACUGAAUAUAAUUAUGAAUCUGAAAUAAUACAACGUGAAUACGUUCAAGAAAAACCAAAUGAAUAUCAAAUUCAAGUAGCAAAGCGUCUUUCUGUUACAAAACGUGAAUUUGAAAAAGUAAAACGUGAAUUAUUAGAAUUAAAACAACGAAUUUUCUUUAAUAAAUCACUUACAUUGUUGAGUUCUUCACAACUAACUAAUUUAAACAUAUACAAUGAAUGUGUUGUAUUGAAUCAAAAUGUUCGACAGCAAUUUUUGAAUCAAGAAGAUAAACUGAAUCAAUAUAUGAAACUUGAUUCAAUGAGUAGACGUAUUCGAGACAUUGAAAAUAUAUUCUAUCGAAGUCAACAUAUAUUUGAUUAUGAAUUAGCAAAAAUGUGGGAAAAUCAUCGUAAUCUUGUUCAAAAUCAAGGCAUGCCGACAACAUUAAGUAGUUUAAUUGAACGAAACUUGGCAAAUAUUAGAAAUCGUUGGCGUGAUAUUUACAAUUAUAGAAUUGAUUAUCAUCUUCGAAAUUCCUAUGAUACAUUAGGUGAUAUAGAUCAGAAUGAUUAUGAAAAAAUGACAGCAAUCAAUCAUUUAUCAUUCAAUAUGAUUAUUGAUACUACACAUCAGUUUACUAGUGAACAAAUACAAUUAUUAAAUCGUGGUCCAAAUUAUGUUCCCGUAUGUCAAAUGUAUAUUUCAACGUCUUGUCGAUCUAUAGAUGAUGUUAUUAAGCAACAAUGUGCACCUUUAAAACAUCAAUUAGCUAGUCUAUUUUUGAAAUAUCAUAUUAAUCUAGCACUAUCAAUGGAAAUUCAACAAAAACUAUUUGAUAGAUUUAAACAAUUGUUUUCAAUAUCGAUACCAUCAAAUCUUCAACAGCGUGCAUUAAAUGAAAAGAAUUUAAUUCAAUCUAUUCGUACUUCUUUAAAUCAAAAUAAUCUUGGUAAAGAUAUAUCGUUACAAUCAUUUAUUUCGGCACAACAUAGUGCAACAUGGAAAAUUGGACAGUUUUUGAAUCGUUUACUACGACCUAUUGUGGAGAAAACUUUAAAAUCAACAACAUUUCGAGAUGAAAUUGAUUUUAUUCGAAAAUUAAAUCAUUAUGUACAUGUAGAGCAUCGUCUUCGUCCAACAACUCUAUUCGGUACAAUGACCAUAACGAAUUUCUAUACAUUAGAUAUUCAUGAAAAAAUAUUGAAUAAAGUUAUUUUUUUCUUACAAGACAAUUUACUUACUAAUAAGAUUGGACAAAUUUCAAUAAUGACGAUUAAAAAUCUAUUAUUUCUGUUUCUUAAUAAUAAUAUCUUUUCGUAUAAGAAUAAGAUUUAUAAAAUUGAAAAAGGUAGUCCACAUACAAUGGCAUUAACAGAAACAUUGUCAAACAUUUAUUUAUAUACAUGGCAAACCAAAUUAUUAACACAUCUGAUUUCAAGUGAUGAAAUAUUUGGAAGAUAUAAAAAUCAAAUCUUUUUCACAUGGAAUAAAUCAAAUGCUUUAGAACUUGAAACAUUUCUACAACACGAAGUUCUUGCUAAAAAUUUAAAUGUUAAUUUUCAAAUGUCCAUUAGUACAAGUGUACAUUAUUUAAAUACUUAUGUUGAAAAUCGUCAAGGCCAAUUCUAUAGUCGAAUAUAUCAUGAUUCAAGUAUACAAAGUUAUACAUUACCUUAUGUUAUGACACAUUCAAAAUUAGCUUAUAGUGAUUGGCUUCGAACAGCUUUAAUUCAUGCCAUUUGUUGUUCGUCAUCGAUUGAAGAUUUUCAUCAGGAGCGAGUCUAUCACGAAGUAACAUGUCUGAUGAAUGGUCUUUCAUUAAUAUUUGUUGAAACACAUGUGCAACAUUUUUUUGAUUUUUUUCAUACACCUAAUAUGCGUUAUUCAAUGAAUCAAACAAGUUAUGAACAACUUCGUCGUCAAUGGUUUGAUUAUAUGCAAAUGCAAUAUGCACUUACAGAUGAACUCCAGAAAUUCGAUGAUCAAGGCCAUUUAAUCCAUUUAAAUUACUUGUAUGAAAUGGGUCCACGAUGUCAAUUCAAUAAAGAAUUCUAUCAUAUUUGGUUGGACUAUUUUAAAAAUCAUCCAAAUCUAUCGAAAGAUAAAGUCAAAAUUCUUCUAAGACCAAAACAUUAUCAUACAUUAAAUACAUUAUUGACAAAAGAAGAAAUAUCUAGUUCUAUUGAACGGGAGAACUACUUUUGA